AUGGCUCAAAUGCCCAAGUUGCAAGAUAGCCCUGAUGAUAAUACAGUGUCUUAUGGGCUAUGGCCAUACUUGCCGGAUCCAGUUUUAUUGGAAAUUUUUGAACACCUGAGUUUCCGAGACUUGGGGAGAGUUGCUCAAACUUGUCAAGCAUGGAGGAAUGCUGCAGGUGAUGAAGCUGUUUGGAGGAAACGGCUGCAACGUGAUUUCCAUGUCUCCAAGCGAGUCUCUCUCCCACCAGGGGCAAGGUCAUGGAAAAAAGAGUACAAGAGAUUAUUCUACAAUGUACCAAUUGUGGAAACUGAGAUGCUGUCAGAACAUUGCCAUCAAGUACUCCAUGUGAGCUUUUCACAUGAUGGGAAACUCUUCGCAACAUGUUCAAAAGAUGGAUCCGUUUUGGUUUGGGGAGCUUCAUAUCCAUCUCGCAUCAGAUAUCACAAGGACAUGAGGCAGUAUGGCUGGAAGUACACUCAAUUUUCUCAGUUCAAUGAGAAUGACACUUUGUUGCUUGUUUCGGGUGUUCAGAGCUCUGAAAACACCACAGGCGAGAUAGCAAUAUUCUCUCUUGAAGGGAGCCUUCAAUUGCAGUGUCGUGUGGAGAACCGUCCUUAUGAUGUUUUUGGUACUUGGUACAGUGAAGAGUUCUUCAUUUCUGGCGAUCUGAAAGCAUUGGCUCAAUUGGUGACAGCCUCAAUUUUAUGGCUGACCAAAGCAUCUCAGGAAAUUGAUUCUGAACACAAGGCAGUCAUGAAUCGCCUCUUCCAUUUCCGCAAUAAGAAUGGAUCUACCAUCCGGACUGUUAUGAUUGCAAAAUGUCUUGGAAGUGAAAAAGAUAUCCAGAAGUCAUAUGGAGAUGGCACCUCUGGGAAUUCACAGAAACAUUUGCCCAGCACUCAGAAAAAAUCUUCUGAAGUGUUAUUCUUGUUGGAAAAUUCCUCACAAGCAACUGCUCUGAGAGGUAAAGCUCCAGAAGCAUCAGCACAAUCACAAGAGGAGGAUGUAGGUGUUGCAGAUGCUGCAUCCAUCAACUACACUCAAGAAUAUAGGAAUGCUCAAAUAUUGAGCAUCCUUAGGUCUCAGGGAGUGCAUUGGAUCAACACUAGUGAGCCUGAUCCGAACUUCAAGGCCUUGGACCCUAGAGAAAAGUAUCUCAUUUAUACAACUGGAUCAAAGACAUACACUCCUCAUCAAAUUGGUUUGAAGCGGAUCAAGCCAUUUGCUUUUGUGGACCGCUUUGAUGUUGGAGAAACCUUACGAGAGAGGGUUGCUGAAAAGAAAGAAAGAGAACGACUGCAAGCAGCUGCAGAAGCUGAGGCUGAUCCACCUUUGCCAAGCUGGCUGGAUUCUUGUCCUUACCUGUUCCAUGAGCCAGAUCACAUGAUAGAUUUUCAUGGUCAUAUAAUUGGGAUGGCUCUCUCACCAGAUCACAGGUAUUUGUACGUGAAUGUCCGUCCAUGGCCAGAGGGCUAUACAAUCACCAACCCUCCGGAUCCUCCUCCAAUUGCCCAAGAAAUAGACUUGCAUGUCAUUGAUCUGGUUACCUUGACAGAAGUUGGCAAAAUGUUACGAUCACAUAGAGCAUACACACCAAAUGAAGAGUGUUUCUUCAUAUUUCUGGAUGUGACGCAUCAAUAUGUUGCCAGUGGGGCAGAGGACAAGCAUGGGUAUCUGUGGGACCGGCAUUAUGGUAUCAGUUUGGGGAAGUACCCUCAUCGUGAUGUUGUCAACUGUGUUGCCUUCAGUCCUCAAGACACCGAGCUACUUGUAACUGCAAGUGAUGAUUAUACCUUGAAAAUUGCUGUAGACUGUGAUGAAGAUGAAGGGGAUCCAUGUGGAAAGAUCACAAAACAAAGGAGGGUAAUUCACAAUUUUCAACCAGUUAUUUGGGAGGGUGGAACAGAUGGAGGCUGUGAUGGCGGAGAGACUAAGAAGUUAUCCCACAUGAAAGCAAUUGGACUGCCUGCUGGCAGAGAAAGUCUGCUGCCACCUGGACUCAACCCCAACCUCAUGUUUAGGGCUGCUAACAGCUAUGAGGCCCCACCAGAAACCCUGGACUGUGGGAGGAUAGAGCUGGCAGAUGAUUGUCUGACCAUCUUAUCUGUACAGUUUCCUUCAAGUCUGAGAAUUAGGAAAUUGAGGGCCAUGAAAUUAGAGGCUCAAGAGAAAUACACAGAAGCACUGGAGCUGUACAAUACCAUUAUUGAACAAGAUGAUACAAAUUCCUCAGCUCGGAAAAGAAAAGUAGCAGUAUUGAAAGCUCAAGGCAAGAAUACAGACGCCAUCAGAGAAUUGACUGAAUAUCUAAAGAAGUUUAUGGGUGAUCAAGAGGCUUGGAUGGAGCUUUGUGAACUGUACCUGAAGGAAUUUGAUUAUGGAAAAGCUGCAUUCUGCAUGGAAGAACUCCUCCUUCACAGUCCACAUAAUCAUCUUUAUCAUCAGAAAUAUGCUGACAUCAGGUACACAAUGGGAGGAGUUGACAAUUUAGAGAUGGCUAGAGCCUACUACUCUCAGGCUCUGAAGUUACAUAAGGAGAGUCUGAGGGCAUUGUAUGGCCUUAUGCUCACUUGCUCUCAAAUAGCUCAUUCAACAAAAGUUCCAAGUGCCAAGAAGAAGGAAUGUGCAAAAUUGGCUGGUUGGGCUAGAGACCAGAUUCAGCAUAUCCAUGGACAAACAGUGUCAAAGUCAACAGAUGUCUCUGCUGAGCAAGUGUCCAAUCCUACACCCACAUUAGAAGCAUUGAUGAGUUCUCUUUCAGUCACAAGAGCAAUGAUGUUGGUGUCAGAUGUGAACUCUGAAGGUCUGCAAAAAGUAGGAAAUUUUUCUCUUACUUUGGCCACAUUUGUGGAUGAUCACAUCCCUGUGAAAAUUUACAAGAGUGAGAAGACUGGCUUGAGUGUUGCUUUAAGCCAGGCUGAGAGUCCUCUCGUUAAGGGAUUUCUGUCUGUUGUCACUGAAGCAUCAGAUGAUGAUGGCCUUCCACACACUCUGGAACACCUAACUUUCCUUGGUAGCAAGAAAUAUCCAUACAAAGGUUUACUGGACCUGCUGGCUAAUAGGUGCUUGGCAUCAGGGACAAAUGCUUGGACAGAAGUUGAUCAUACUGCUUACACCUAUGCUACAGCUGGAUCAGAGGGCUUCAUAAACCUUUUACCAAUCUACCUGGAUCAUUUGUUUGAUCCUUCUUUGACG